AUGAGCAGCCAUCCUCUCAUUGCAGUUAUUGGGGUGAAUGGCGCUGGAAAAUCGACAUUCAUCAACGUCGCAUCCGGCAGGAAUGAUCUUGGAGUGGGACAUGGUAUUGAAGCAUGCACGCAGGACAUAACACCGAAAUCUGUUUUAGUCGACAAUGCAUGGGUUAAUCUUAUCGACACACCAGGCUGGGACGACACAUACCGUACUGACACAGAUAUACUCACUCUUAUAGGAGAUUAUGUGGGGAGGAUGUUUAGCGCCGGUCAGCUGUUGCAGGGCGUGAUUCUCCUUCAGCUGGUGGAUGGCACACGCGUAUACGGCACCGAACGCAGGCGGAACAGAUUAUACGAGAGAAUCUGUGGAAUGGAUGCGUAUCGUAAUAUCGUGGUUGCUACCACGAUGUGGAGUACCGUGGUUGACCAAGCCGCUGCUGACCAACGCGUUCAGCAAAGGAUUGAAUCACCAGAGUUUUGGGAUUCUAUGGUCCAGGGCGGUCCUUUCGCAACAAGCCCGCCCCCUUCAGCUCCAAACAGAGCUUAUAUCAAGGCCAUGAUAUUAAGAGACACGAGCCGUAUAACGGAGCUGGAAGAGGAACUUCGGAGGACUGCUGCAGACAAUGCUGCCAUGAGAGCUAGGCUGGAGGGAGAUCUUAACGAUCUCAUCGAGAAGCUGAAAAAGGCGGAAGAUGAUAUCGAGAGACUCAAGCAACGAAGGAGAUGUGUGAUCUUGUAAAUCACGAUCGAUCGAUCAUGGGUGAGACGGAACAAUGUUGGCAAGAAACAAUGAGGAGGUACACGCGCCUUUAGCUCAAGAUACUACUCGUGUCUCUUCUAGAUUCUAUAUCGAACCCGUGCUUUGAUGGGUGGGAUAAUUGUAUAGUUUCUGGUGAUUUGCUGGAGCGUCCCGAAUGCAAGGGCGUGCACUUCCGUGGUAUCGUGAGCAGCGCUACUCCGAGGCACAUGAUGCUGUGCGCUCUUUCCAGACCAUGCCUUCUUUCAGCUCCAAGCUAUACAAGCCGCCAUGUGUAGAUUGCUCAGCCAGAGUUUAAUGAUGAGCG